CCGAACAAGAUGGCGGCGCUCAGCGACUCACAGCAACAACAACCUCCUCCUCCUCCCGCCGCCUGUUCGGCCCUCCAGGCUUUAUAAAGGCAGAUUUUCUCUUUACAGGCCUUAUUUAAGGUUUAUGUACAUAUUGUAAUAAUCUUAGUAUUUUUAAAUCAGUAUUUUAUUGGUUUAAACUGUGUGAACCGGUCAGAAUGUCCUCAGAGCGCAGCAAAGGCCCCGGAUGGAGAGCCGUCAGAACUACGUCAUUAUUCCGCGCCGUCAACCCGGAACUCUUCAUCAAACCUAAUAAGCCAGUGAUGGUGUUUGGCCUCGUCACCAUCACGCUGUGUGUCGGGUAUCUGGGCUACCUGCACGCUGUGAAGGAGAACUCUCAGGAGCUUUAUGAGGCCAUGGACAGUGAGGGUGAGAGAUACAUGCGCAGGAAAACCUCCAAGUGGGACUGAGGGACAUCGCACACAGAGAGACACUUUAGAGACUCCCCUCCAUUCAGUGUUGAGGAGUUUACUCUAAACACCAGAUUCACUUCAGAAACGGCUUCCCAUAAAGACCGUGUGUGUGUGUAAAUCUGCACAUCAGCAGCGUGGAGAUAGAGAGACGUAUUUUACACAGUAAAGCUGCCUGGGUGUGUUUUUCCAGAGAUGAUUUUGACAAAACAAUCAGUGUCAUGUUUAUGAUAAAUAAAUAAACACAUGACUGAAUGAA